UUGUGCAAUUGUUACUGUUGCUAAGAUACCGCGUCGAAGCCGCCGCCCCCAAAACAUUGCUGGUUUUCUCAGUGAAAACAUGCGUCUUUUGUGAAAAAAGUGGUUUGAGUUAACGAAAAUGGGUUGUUGCGAGUCGAAAAAGGAGCCCGAGCGGGAAGAACCCGCUCAGAGAGGGUGCACCGACGUGUUUUGGUUGUGUUUGUACAUUGCGUUUUGGUUACUAAUGGUUUUAAUUGCGGCGUUCUCCUUUGUCUACGGCAAUCCCAUCAGAAUUAUAAACGGCUAUGACUCAUUUGGGAACAUUUGCGGGACAAAAAAUAACAGAAAAAUGUCCAAUUUGGAAGUAUCAGGACUGGACACUUCAGACAAACAAUUUUUGCUCUUCUACGAUAUUAAAGAGCUGAAACAGUCGCUGAAGAUAUGCGUAAAACAGUGUCCCACGGAGACGUUAAAAAAAGUUGAAGAUAUCCAGAAAUAUUACCAAAAAACUGGCGUCAGUUUGUGUAGAUAUGAUUUUAAUUAUGACGAUUUUAAGAACAAGAGUAUUGCGAAUAAGGAGAUUCUGAGUAGCUAUUUAGGGCCGUGUCCGGCACUUCCUAUUUACGAAAGCACCCCAGUUCUCAACCGUUGCGUUCCUAAAUCAUUCCAAGAUGCAGGCGAAGCAAUUUUGAGCAAUUUUUACGAAGCUUUGAACAGUUGGGACACACUUGAGCAAAUUUUGGGCGACAUAUACAGCACCUGGAAGGAAAUCCUUUAUUUAACGUUUUUAUCACUAUUUUUUUCGCUGUUAACUAUCUCAAUACUGCAUCUACUGGCCCAUUUAGUGUCGUACAUAAUCAUGAUUUUGUUCACAAUUGCGAGCAUCUUGGGCACAGCGUUUUUGUGGUACACUUAUUUUGAUAUUAAGUAUGAUUUGGAUAAGACGAACAAACACAUGCUUUUGAUGGAGUCAAUUCGCAACGAAACGGCCUUUUUGUGGUACUCAAUCAUCGCCACCGUUAUCACAGUCAUAAUUUUAUUAAUUGUUGCUGUGAUGCGAAAACAAGUCAAUUUUUUGUCGGACUUGUUCAAAGAAACGUCCAAAUGUUUACUCCACCUCCCGGCUCUGUUUUUGCAACCGAUUUUAACAUUUAUAAUCCUCGUUUUAUUCUUCAUGUUUUGGAUUUUCGUUGUGUUAUGCUUGGCUACGGCUUACUACCCUGGAACCUCCCGAAUCAAUCGCUUUUCUAACGAGUCCUUCACCACCCCUGUGAGCCAUACGGAACCGGUGGCCAAGUUGGGCAACAUUUCUUUAACCGAAAAAUUCCUUGAAAAAAUGACAGUGGUCGAGUUUACCGACCCAACAUGGGUGAAAUACAUGUGGUGGGUCUAUUUUAUCGGUCUCAUAUGGACGUGUGAGUUUAUUAUGGGUUGCCAGCAGAUGGUAAUCGCUGGGGCAGUGGCCCAUUGGUUCUACCGCCACAAAUACAAAGACAACUCGCACGUUUCGUACGCCAUUUGUAAAUUAAUAAAAUACCAUUUAGGGUCGGUCGCCAUUGGGUCACUUUUGAUUACGAUUUUCAAAGUCCCGAGAUUGAUUUUAAUGUUUUUACAUGAAAAAUUGAAAUACAAUUCGGAUAAAGGCAGCGAAUGCGCGUCUUGUCUGCUGAAAUGUUGCAUUUGCUGUUUCUGGUGCCUGGAAAAAUUCAUCCGAUAUUUGAACCACAACGCUUACACUGUUAUUGCCAUCGAUGGAGUUAAUUUCUGCUCAGCUGCUGGGACGGCGUUUCAAGUCCUGUCCUCACAUGCCCUGCAAGUAGCCACCAUUAACGGUUUGGGCGACUUCAUCCUAUUCUUGGGUAAAUGUCUUGUUACGGUCCUAACCGGUUGUGUGGGCCUGUUCAUAUUUCGGCGAAACCCGGAUCUGGAAUUUUACGCCGCCCCUACUUUGGUUGUGUGCAUUUUUGCAUUUUUUGUUGCUCACUGUAUUCUUUCCUUGUAUGAGAUGGUCCUGGAUACGGUUUACUUGUGCAUUUGCCAAAACGGGGAAAGUGUGGAAGGGAUUCAAAUGGAGAAUCUUGGGGUUCGAAAUGUUGGCAAUCUGAAUGCGCAACCAAAUGAGCUGGAACCGAUCAAGUAAUGUUGGCAAAAAUGCCUAAUUUUACCGGGAAGGUAAAGAACUGUUUUAUGAUUUAAGCUACAAGUCUGUACUAAGACAGCUUUAAUUUUUUUUUAAUAGAGGUAGGAAUAGGUAAAUAUUUAUAUUGACUAUAAUUGGUGUAUAAAUUAUGAAAUAUUGCAUAAUUGGGCUAAAAUGUUUUUCUUCCAACUUGUAGACGAAAAAAAUAUAAAAAUACAAUGCUGCCAGCUGUAAUGGACCCAUCACAUUUUUCUAAUAAACGCACCAUAAUUAUAAUUAUUCACACGAAAGACUAAAACAGAGAUUUUUUACAUUUUGAGAUUUUUAUGAUCAAAUUUGUUUCUUGGACCAGCAGGUUGUGACUUAAUUUAGAUAAUAGUAUUUGUUAAUAGCAAUAUUUUUAUAAGAGUUUAAUUAUCUAUUAGCAUCAUUCCCACUUACGCACCUAGAUACAAGAAGUAUUUUUAUAUGUAUGUUGUACAAAAACCGCGCUGUUUUUAUAAAUUUUAAUGAAAAUAAACCUGUUACAAGCAUCUCA